AUGACCGAACACAAUAGCAGUUCAACGUCCGUACCCAACGAAAAAACAGCAAUUGGGGAUAAAACUGCUGAAGGAUAUAUUACAACAACAACCGGCACAAACGAAAGUGAUGGACACAUAACUGUUACCUUAUUCGACGAAGCAACAUCUGUUGCGGAUAACAACGGCACUACGACGAACCGAACCGAUACAUCAACACAACACAGGAAUGGUUCGACAGCUUUACACAUCACAUCAACGGCCGCCGAAAAUGAAGACAUUGCAUCAACAUGGGGAGAAAAAGGUACCAAAUCGUUGUAUGAUCAAGCUUCUUCCUUUGUCAAUAAACAAACCACGUCGACGUUAGAUAGCGCAAUCAACACUUUAGGAUAUCAAAAAAGUACCUCACGGUCUUACGACACAACUACAAUGUCUAUUAGCAAACAAGCUACAUCGGCGUUGGAUGGCACAUUAACUGAGAUAAAUACACCAACGUAUGCAGACACAGUUAGAGUGCCAGGUGAUGUUAAAACAACGUCUAAUGACAACGGAGUUACACCGUUAGAUGAUAAAGCAACAACAACGUUAAAUGACGAGACAACAACAUCAAUAUAUGACAAAGCGAAUGCAGCAUUCCAAGACAAAGCAGCUACAACGAUAGAUAAUAAAGCAACUACAACGUUCUAUGGUAAAGAAAAGGCAACCUUAAAUGGCAAAGCAACAGCGUCGUUAGAUGACAAAGCAACCACUAUGUUAGAUGACAAAGCAAUUACAACGUUAGAUGACAAAGCAAUUACAACGGUAUAUGGCAAAGCAACAACGACGUUCGAAAACAAAGCAAAAACAACGUUAGAUGACAAAGCAAAAACAACGUUAGAUGACAAAACAACUACACCGUUAGAUGACAAAGCAAAAACAACGUUCGAUGACAAAACAACUACACCGUUAGAUGACAAAGCAAAAACAACGUUAGAUGACAAAACAACUACACCGUUAGAUGACAAAGCAAAAACAACGUUAGAUGACAAAGCAAUUACAACGGUUUAUGGCAAAGCAACAACGACGUUCGAAAACAAAGCAAAAACAACGUUAGAUGACAAAGCAAAAACAGCGUUAGAUGACAAAGCAAUUACAACGGUUUAUGGCAAAGCAACAACGACGUUCGAAAACAAAGCAAAAACAACGUUAGAUGACAAAGCAAUUACAACGGUUUAUGGCAAAGCAACAACGACGUUCGAAAACAAAGCAAAAACUACGUUAGAUGACAAAACAACUACACCGUUAGAUGAAAAAUCGAAAUCAACAGCCUAUGGCAAAGCGACUGCAGCGUUAGAUGGCAAAACAACAACAUCGUUUGCUGACAAGGCAGUUACAACGUUAAAUAACAAAGCAAAUACAACGCUAUAUGAUAAUGCAACAACAACACUAGGAAGCAGAACAACACCAACGUUAGAUGAAAAACCAGUAUCAACGUUAGACGAAAAAGGGACUGAAGCGUUUGACAACCAAACAACUACAACGUUUUAUGAAAAAGCAGCCUCAAGAUUUGAUGACAAUAGAACACCAAAGUUAGAUGAAAAAACAACGGCAACCUUAGAUGGUAAGGAAACAGCAUCGGCACGAUACAAAAUAACUACAACAUUAGACAAUAAAGACACUUCCAUGCUAGAUAAAAUAGCAGCAACAACGUUAGACGACAAGAUAACAACAACGUUAGAUGGCAAAUCAAAAGCAACACCAUAUUACAAAGGAACUACAGUGGUAGACGACAAAGUACCAGCAACGUUAAAUGACAAAAGCAGAACAACGCUGGAUGACGUAACUAUAACGCUUGAUGAACAAAUAACAGCAACAUUUUAUGGCAAAGGAACUACAGCGUUAGAUGACAAAAUAACAGUAACGUUUGAUGACAAAGUGUCUACAGCGGUAGACAACAUAGAACUUACAACGUUAAAUGACAAAGCAGCACCAUCACCAAAUGACAAAGUAACAUCAACGUUAGAUAGCAAAGCAACAGUUACGUUUGGCUUUAAAGCCACAUCAACGUUAAAAGACAAGGAAACAACAUCAGCGCUUGACGGCAAAGCUACAUCAACGUUUGGCGACAAAGUAACACAGACGCUAGACGAAAAAGCAACAUCAACUUCAGAUGGCAAAAACACUGUAUCAACGGUAAGCAAUACAGAAACAACAACAAUAUACGACAAAGCAACUAGGACGUUAGAUGGUGUCGAUUCAUCAACGUUAGACACCACAGUUACGGAAACAAUAGAUGGCGUCGCUACACCCACGUUAGACGACAAAACUACUAUAAAGGGUGAGAACAAAUUCACUGCAACGUUAGACGACAAAGCAGUUUCAGCGUUUGAUAGAAAAUCCGAAGGAUCAACUACGUCAAACGGCAAAGCUACACAGACGUUAAAAGUUACAGGGACUUUAGAAGACAAACUCACAGCAGCUCCAGAGCGCAAUUCUACAAUAGUGUUUGAUGACAACGCUACAAAAGCUUUUGACAGCAACGUUUCAGAAGGAACUAAAAAUACAUAUCCAGCAACGGUAGUAAGUGUUACUGAAACCGUUGAAGAGAGCUUUUCCACAAACCAUUUCACUAACAGAGAAGAGACAGCUUAUAAAACACAAAAUAGUGAACGUUUUGUGUUUGCAACUGAGCAAAGCUCAACAGGAAAUACUGAAAGAAGGCAGUCACCGACAGUCGGAGAGAUGUCAGCUAAACAAGAACCUACAAUGUUGAAUAUAGAACAUGCCGUCAGCACGACAACAGUGAUGGGGUUUGUAGGUAAAGACGCUAAUGCCGACCUAAACAAUGCAACAAGCUUACAUGCGGCCGAUUCGACUGUGCGAUCGCCCACAAUAAGUCCACGCACUUCACAACACACUUCACAACAUACCCAAAACUCAAAACAGAAACCAACAGAAAACUCAACUGAAGAAUUCGUUCAAACCACUCAGAAGACAUUAAUUCUUGCAGACCAAGCACCAAACUUGUCAACGAAGUCAACAAAUACGCACAUCGAUAUCCUGGACGCAAAACAGACAACGUCGGAGGAUUCAUCUAAAUUUGACCUUCAAACUGCCAAAACGCCACCAGCAAUUACAUAUAACGAAAGUGCACCAGCGAAGCAGAAAACAUCGCCUUCUGUUGUAAAUCCAAACGAUGAACAUUCACAUGAUACAAGCGAAACAACAACGAGUGCAUCGAUCUUACCAAUAUUCAACGAUUCCACGCAAUUCACGUCGAAGACAUAUUCAUCUGUAGCGACAACCUUGGAUAAUAAUAUUACACAUAGAGCUACAUCUGAAGCAAUAGUGAGCGAAAACACAGCUUCUGAUGUAAAGGCCUCAACGUCUGCGGCUUCUGGUACAAUGUCAACAACUAAAGAAUUUUCUGAUUUUGAAAAAGAAGAAAGAUUUUCUUUCGAAGCAGAGUUUUUUACAAAACAAGCAUCCGCAAAUUCAUCCCCGAUAUUGGACACACAUAUGUUUGAAACGCCAGUACGUCCAAAAGAUCCUGACACGACAACGAAUACAACUGAAGCUUCGACGAGUAAGGUGUUGUCCGAGGUAACUUCAGAUAUAGACGAAACUAUAUUAUUCAGCACGAGAAUCAAUGAAAUAUACAGCGAAAGUGGACAGAAUAAACAACAAAGCAAAGAAACGUUAACGCAAACAGUUACAUUAAAUGAUGUUACACAUACAGAUCAAACUAAGCCAAGCAUAGCUGUGAACGAUCCGGUAGCAGAAAUCACAAACAUAGUAGAAACAUUCAGUUAUACAAACUUGACGACCAGGCCUUUAUCGUCUUCAAGAGAGAUUGUACCAGAUAGUAAAAGCAACAUUCGAAACACGUUUUCAUCAUUGAGUGAAGGUGCUGGUUUAACAACAUCAUUUACUACAGAUAAAAUAACUUCAAAUAUAACUGAACAGACAACCUCAAAUUCCGAAAAUAAUACAACAAAGAAAACAAACAAUGAAACAACCGCAAAUAGUUUCACAGAAAGUGAACAUGUAAAAAUAAUUGCACAGACAACUUUAAAUCCGGAAAAGAAUAUAACAAAGAAAACACACAAUGGUUUAAUUGAGCAUAGCGUCACAGAAAGUGGACGUUUGGAUAUAACUGAACAGGCAACAUUGACUUCUGAAAAUAAUUUAACAAAGAAAACAAACUAUAUAUCAACCGUAAAUAGUUUCGUACAAAAAGAGAUCAAAGGCACGCAAACGACAAAUGGCAAAACUGACGAUUCUGACAGUUCUUAUUACACAUAUCAAACUACUAUGAUUCUGAACACCAAUACGCCAUCGGUAGUUUCAACGGAGCCGAACUCACCAUAUCCGAGGACCGUACCUAACAAAACAAUUGAGAAUACUGGCAGUUCUUAUAUCAUAACUCCUACUACUUCACUCAUCAACACUAAAGUGCUACCGGUAGUUUCAACAGAGCCUAUUGCUGAACCUCCGAGCACGGUUCAUGACCAAAAAAGUCAGAACACUGGCAUAAAUUAUAACAAAGUUCCAACAACUUUACUCAUUAGCACCAACACCCCAUCGGUGGUUCAAACAGAGACAAAGAUACCACCUCUGAGCACCGUUCCGGGGCAAGCAUCGGGAAAUAAUGGCAUAUCUUAUAACACAAGUCCAACUGUUAUACUCCCGAGCAAAGGAACGACAUCGGUAUAUUCAACAGAGCCAAAUGAACAGAAUCCGAGCACCAUUCUUGACCAUGAAACUGAGGAUAAUGGCAAAAUUGAUAACAAAGGUCAGACUACUUUAAUUCUUAGCACCGAAACUCCAUUGGAAGUCUCAUCAGAGCCGAAUGUACCUUCUCCGGGAAUUGUUCCUGCCCAAGGAACUAAUAAUAGUGCCAAUUCAUAUAUCGGAAGUCCGUCCUCUUUACUCCUGAGCACCGAAACUGCAUCGGUAUUUUCACCAAAUACAAAGUUUCCAAUCACUUCUCCUGAUCUUCAAGGUGAGAAUUCCGCAAGUUCUCAUAACACAGGUCAAACCACUAUACAACUGAGCACCGAAACUCCAUCGGUAGUGUCAACUGAGUCUAAUGAACAAUCUCCGAGUACCGUUCUUGGCCAAGAAACUGAGAAUUUUGGCACUUCUUAUAACGGCAACGCAAGUCCGAAAGAUAUACUACUGAGCACCGAAACGCCUUUGGUAGUUUCAUCAGUGCAGACUCCGGGAACCGUUCCUGCCCAAGGAACUGAUAACACUGUCAGUUCUGGUAACGCUCAUUUGACUACUAAGAUCCUUGGCAACGAAAAUACAGUAUUUUCAACAGAGCCGAUUAAUCCAACUCCGAACACCGAUUCUAAGCAAGAAAAUGAUAAUAGUGGCAUUUCUCAUAGCAUAAGUUCGACCACAAUAUUCCUGAGCACCGAAACUCCAUUGGUAGUUUCACCAGAGCGGAAUGCACCACCGAGAACCAUUCCUGGCCAGGAAACUGAGAUAAGUGUCAGUUCUAAUAGCGGAAGUCCGACUACCUUGCUCCUGAGCACCGAAGCUCAAUCGGUAGUUUCAACAGAACCGAAUCUAUGGAAUCAAUUAACAGCUCUUGACCAAGAAACGGAGAAUACAGGCAUUUCUGAAAACACAAUGCCAACAACUAUUCUUCUCGGCAACGAGACUCCAUCGGCAGUUCAAACAGGGACGAAUAAACCACAUCCGACUUCCAUUCCUGAGCAAAAUGAGAACACUGGCAGUUCUUUAUACACUAGUCAAACAACCAAACAACUCAUCUCCGAAACACCACCAGUAGUUCCAACACACCCGAGUACAUCACAUGAAAGAACCAUUCUUGACCAUGACACUAAUAGUUCUGACAGUUCAUAUAACAAAAGUCCAACCAUUGUAUUCAUAAACAACAAAACUCCUCUGAAAGUUUCAACAGAUCCGAACCAACCCUAUAGCAGCACCAUUCCUGACCUAGGAACUGAGAAUACAAACAGUUUUGAUAACACACGCCCUACUACUAUACGCAUGAGUAACAAAACGCCAUCGGUAGUUUCAACAAAGAUGAAUGCACUACCUCCGAGCACCGUUCCUGAUCAAAAUACUGAAUUUGGCAGUUCUUAUCACAUAAAACCGACUACUAUUCUCAAGAGCACGAUACCUCCAUCGGUAAUUUCAACACAAGCACUGCAUGCACAGAAUCCAGUCAUAACUCCUGACCAACAAACUGAGAAUACUGACAUUUCUUAUAACACAAGUCAAACAUCUAUAUUCAUGAGCAUGGAAACUCCAUCGGUAGUUUCAAAUAAGUCCGAUAAGCAAUCUCCUAGCACCGUUCCGGGCCAAGAAGCUGAGAACAAUGGCAGCUUUUAUAACACAAGUCCGACAGAUAUACUCCUGAGUACCGAAACGCCAUCGGUAGAUAUAACAGGACCGAAUGCGAAGACACCGAGCACGGUUCCAGCCCAAAACACUGAGAAUACGGGCAGUUCUGGUAACAAACACUUGACUACUAUUAUCCUUGGUACCAAAACUAUAGAAGUUUCACCAGAGCCGAAUAAACCACCCCCGAGCACCGUUUCUCAGCAAAUGAAUGAGAACAGUGACAGUUUUCAUUACAUACAUUCGAGCACUAUAUUCAUGAGCACCAAAACUCCAUUGGUAGUUUCAUCAGAGCGGAAUGCACCACCGAGAACCAUUCCUGGCCAGGAAACUGAGAUAAGUAUCAGUUCUAACAGCAGACGUCCGACUAACUUGCUCCUGAGCUCCGAAACUCGAUCAGUGAUUUCAACAAAACCGAAUGCAAUGAAUCAGUUCACAGGUCUUGAUCAAGAAUCGGAGAAUACUGGCAUUUCUGAUAACACAAUCCCAACUACUAUUCUUCUGGGCAACGCAACUCCAUCUGAAGUUCCAACAUACUCGAAUGCACUUACUCCAAAAAAAAUUCCUGACCAAGAAAAUGAAAAUACUGGAAGUUCUUUUGACAGAAGUCCUUUUAUAUUUAUGAGCACUAAAACUCCAUCGGUAAUUUCAACAGGGACGAAUAAACCACAUCCGACUUCCAUUCCUGACCAAACUGAGAACACCGGCAUUUCUUUAAAAACAAGUCAAACAACUAAAAAUCUCAUGUCCGGAACACCAUCGGUUGUUCCAAUAGACCCCAGUACAUCACACGAAAGCAACGUUCCUCACCAAGUUACUGAUAAUACAGGCAGUUCAUACAGCAAAAGUUUAGCUGCUGUAUUCCUAAACAACAAAACUCCUUUAGUAGUUUCAACAGAUCCGACCCAACCCCCCAGGAGCACCAUUCAUGGCCAAGGAACUGAGAAUACAGGAAGUUUUAAUAACGCAAGUCCUACUACUAUACGGAUAAGUAGCAACACGCCAUUUGUAAUUUCAACAAACCUGUAUGCACCAAACCCGAGCACCAUUCCUGAUCAAGAUAAUAAUAAUAAUACUGACAGUUUUUAUCACAUAAGUCAGACAACUAUUCUCAAGAGCCUUGAACCUCCAUCGGAAAUUUCAACACAUGAACCGAAUGCACAAAAUCAAAUCACAGCUCACAAAACUGAGAAUACUGACAGUUCUCAUAACGCUGGUCAAACUAUUGAGCUUCUGAGCACCGAAACGCCACCGGUAGUUUCAACUGAGGUCAAUGAACAAUUUCCGAGCACCAUUCCGGACCAAGAAACUGAGAAUAAUGGAAGUUCUUAUAACACAGAUAUAAGUUCGACAGAUAUACUCCUGAGCACCGAAAAACCAUCGGUAGUUUCAUCUGAGUCCAACGAACAUUUUCAGAGCACCGUUCCGGACCAUGAAACUGAGAAUAAUGGCAGUUCUGGUAACAAACAUUUGAAUACUUUAAUCCUUGGCAUCGAAACUGCAACGCACCCGAAUAAACCAACUCCGAGCACCGUUUCUGAGCAAGAAAAGGCUGAUAGCAUUUCUAUUAACACAAUCCAAACUACUUUUCUACAGAACAACGAAACUCCAUCGGUAGUCUCAACAGAGAAAAAUGCACCUACUCCAAACAGCGUUCCUAAGCAAGAAAAUGAAAAUACUAGCAGUUAUUUUUACCUAAAUUUGUCAACGAUACUCAUAAGCGCUAAAACUUUAUCGGUAGUUUCAACAGAGACGAAUGAUCGACAUCCGACCAACGUUCCAGACCAAACUGAAAAGACCGUUAGUUCUUUUAACAGAAGUCAAACUACCAAACAACUUAUCUCCGAAAUACCAGAAGGAGUUCCAACAGGCCAUGAACAGAGUUCAUCACAUGAAAGAAUCGUUCCUGACCAAGAAACUGAUCAUACUGGCAGUGCAUAUAACAAAAGUCCAACCGCUGCAUUUAUAAACAACAAAACUCCUUUGGUAUUUUUAACAGAUUCGAACCAAACCCCUAGGACCGACGUUCCUGACAAAGGAACGCAGAACACAGGCAGUUUUUAUAACACAAGUCUAACUUCUAUACGCAUGAGUAACAAAAUGCCUUCGGUUGUUUCAACAAAGCUAAAUGAACAACCUCCGAGCACCGUUUCUAAUCAAGAUACUGAUAAUAUUGGCACUUAUUAUAAAAUGAGUUCGACUACUAUACUCAAGAGCACGGAACCUGCAGCGGUAGUUUCCACACAGCCGAAUGUACAGACACUGAAGACAGUUGAUGACCACGAAUUAGAGGAUACUAGCAGUUAUUUUAACACAUAUCUAAAUACUAUAUUUCAGAUCACCGAAACUCAAUCGAUACGUUCAACAGAGCCAAAUGAAAAAUAUCCGAACAUCGUUCCUGAACAAAACACAGACAAUAGCAGUUCUUACAACACACAACCAACUACAAUAUUCCUGAGUACCAAAAUACCUUCGGAAGUUUUAACACAGCAGAAGUCAACACCUUCGAGCACUGUUCAUGGCCGGGAAACAGACAAUACUGGCGAUCACUACAAAACAAGUCCAACAAUUAUAUCCUUGGACACCGAACCUACACCGAUAUUCUCAACAGAAUCAAAUGAGCCAUAUUCGAGCACCGUUCCUGCCCAUGAAACUGAGAAAACCGACAGUUUUAAUAACAAAAGUCCGACAAAUAAUCUCCUGAGCAACAAACUUCAAUCGGUAACAUCAGCAGAUCUCAAUGCAUAUCCUUCUAGUACCGUUCAUGACCAGGAAACUGAGAUAGCUGGCCGUUUCUAUAACACAAGUCCAACAACUAUACUCCUGAGCGCCGAGACGACAGAGGUAGUUUCUAAAGAGCGUAAUACACCGACUCAGAAUACGGUUUCUGAUCAAGCAACGGAGAAGAGUGUGGGUUCUUAUAACACAAAACCUCCGAGCACCAUUCCUGACCAAGAAACUGAGAUUUCUGACAGUUAUUAUGACACAAAUCCAACAGGAGCACUCCUAAGCACUCAAACAUUAUCGGUAAUAUCCGCAGAUCCGAAUUUAUAUCUACCGAGAACUAUUUCUCAAGAAACUGAGAAUAUUGGUAAUCCUGAUAGCACAAGUCCAACUUCUUUACUCCUGAGCACCGAAACCCCAUUGGAAGUUUCAACAGAGCCGACUGUUCCGACUCUGGGCACCAUUCCCGACCGAGAAACUGUGAAUACUGCCAGGUAUGAUAACAAACGUCCGACUUCCACUCUUUUCGGUACAGAAACCCCACCGGCAGUUUUAAACGAGACAAAGGCACCAAAUCCAGGGACAGUUUCUGAGCAAAGAAAUGAGACCAGUGGCAGCUCUUACAACACAAGUCCACAUUCAUCACUCUUAAGCACCGAAACCCCAUUGAAAGUUUCAUCAAAGCUGAAUGGAUCUUCUUCAAGCGCAGUUCCUGACGAAAUAGCUGAGAAUAGUGCGAGUGUUAAAAGCAAAGGUCCGACUACAAUACUCCUGAAAACCGAAACUCCACCAUUGAGAUCGACAAUGUCUAAUGGUCCGACAACGAAUACUGUUCCUGACCAACAAACUGAGAAUACUAAACGCUCGUACAACACAAGACCAGCACAAAUUCUCCUGAACACCCAGAUUCCAUCAGUUAUUUCAACACAGUCGAAUGCAUUACCUCCAAACACCGACCAAGAAACGAAGACUAGUGGUAGUCUAAAUAGCAUAAACCCAAGUACUAUACUUCCGAGCAUCGAUACUCUAUCUGUGGUUUCAUCAGAAACGAAUGCACAGACUCCGAAUACCGCUUCUGGUCAAGAAACGCAUAAUAAUGGCACCGUUCAGGACCAAGAGACUGAAAGUACUGACAGUAUUUAUAACACAAGUCAUAACACAAGUCAAGGAACUAUAUUCAUGAGCACCGAAAUGCCAUCGGAUUUGUUAACAGAGCCCAAUGUACCACCUCCGAGCACCAUUUCUGACCAAGAAACUGAGAUUCCUGUCCCUUCCUAUAACACGAUUUCGACUGCUAUACUCUUGAGCACCGGAGCUCUAUCGGAUGUUCCAACAAAGUUGAACGCACCGCCUACGAACGACGCACCGAACAAAGAAACUGAGACAACUAGAAGUUCUCCAACUUCUUUACUCCUGAUCACCAAGAUCCCAUCAGUAGAUUCAACAGAUCUUAAUGAAUCACCUACGAGAACCGUUCCUGGCCAAACAACUGGAAACUCUGGCAUUACUGGUAACACAAGACUAAUUUCAAAACACCUAGGUACCGAAAUUUCAUCGGUUGUUCCAACUGACCCGCUUGCACCGUCUCCGACAUCGCCCGAACAUGCAACUGAUAAACUUGUUAGUUCUGAUAACCCUCAUUGGGCUACUCUACUGCUGAGCAACAAAACUGCAUUGGGGUUUUCAACAGAGCAAACUGCUGUAGCUCCUAGCAUCGUUCCUGAGCAAGAAACUGAUAGUAGUUACAGUUUUUAUAAUACACAUCCUACUGCUUUACCCCUGAGCACCAACACGCCAUCGGUAAGUUCAACAGAAUCAAACGUACUACCUACGGGAUCCUUUCCAGAAGAAGAAACUGAGAGAACAAUUGUUCCUGUUAUAUUCUUGAGCACAGAAACACCAUCGGGUGUUUCAACAGAGUCGAAUGCACUUUAUUCGAACAUUGCUACAAACCAGGAAACUGAGAAAACUGGAAGUUUUGAAAAUACAGUUCCAACUACUAUACGGCUGAGCACUAGAACACCACGAGAGGUCUCAACAUAUUCGAAUGCACCACAUACGAGCACCGUUUCUGACCAAGCGACUGAGAAAAAUGGCAAUUCAGAUAGCAAACAAAGUCAAACAAUAAUGCACCUGAGAACCAUAUCUGCAUCGGUAGUUUCACGUCCAAGCACCAUUCCUGACCAAAAAACUGCAACUUCUGUCAGUUUGUUUAACACAAGUGCGACUACUACACUCUUAAGCAACGAAACACCAUCGGGUGUUUCAACAGAGACCAAAGGACAUCCUACGAACACCGCUCCCGACCAAGAUACUGAGAAAGCGGGAAUUUCUGAUAACACAACUCCAACUAUUCUAAUGCUAAGCACCGUUAUUUCAUCAGUAGCUUCAACAGAGUCGAAUACUUCCCCUCUUAACAUUUUUUCUGACCAAGCGACUGAGAAUACUGGCAGUUCAGAUAAUUCAAGUAUAAUUACUUUACACAUGAGCAACAAAAACCUUUCGGUAGUUUCAUCAGAGCCGAAUACGCCUUCACCGAGCAGCGGUUCAGACAAAGCAACUGAGAAUACUCACAUUUCCGAUACCAUUAGUAUAACUAUAUUACAGAUGAACACCGACACGCCAACGGUAGUUUCAAAAAGGCCGAAUUCACCACCACCGAGCACCGUACCUGGUUACGGAACUGAAAGCACAGACAGUUUUUUUAAAACAAAUCCAACUUCUACACCUUUGAACCCUAAAACGCCACCAGUAGCUUUAACAGAGCCGAAUGAAUCAAAUAAGAACACCCAUACUGACCAAGAAUCUCAAAAAACAAGAACAAAAACUAUACAACUGAGCAGCGGAACUUCAUCGGUAGUUCCAACAGAGUCAAAAGCACCUCAUUCGAGCACCACUCCCGACGAAGAAAGUGAGAAAACCAAAAGUUUUGAUACCACAUCUCUGACUUCUUUACUGCCGAGCACCGAAAUUCCAUUAGUAGUUACAACAGAUUCGAAUCCACAUCCUCCUGGCACCGUUUCUGACCAAGCAACUGGCAGUUCUGAUAACACACGUCUUACUUCUAUACAACUAAAGAGCGAAACACAAUCGCUAGAUUCAACAGUCAAGAAUGGACCCUCUCUCAGCACUUUGCCGAGCGUAGAAACUGCGACUUCUGUCAGUUCUUAUUACACAGAUGCGACAACUCUAUCCUUUAGCACUGAAACAUCAUCUGAUGUUUCACUAGAGUGGAAUGCACCUCAUAGGAAAACCGCCCCCAAACAAGAAACUGAUAAAAACGGAGGUACUGAUUACACAACCCCAACAAAUAUACUUCUUAGCACCGAAAUUCCACCGGCUAUUUCAACAGAGCCGAAUGCACCUCCACCGAGCACCGUAUCUGACCAAGAAACUAAAACUACUGGCAGCUUUUAUAUAACAAGGCCAACCACUAUACUACUGAACAACGAAACGUCACCGGUGGUUUCAACAAAACCGAGCAAUGUUGGUGGCAAAGAAACUAAGACUACUGACAGUUCUUAUAUCACUAGUUCAAAACCUAUACUCCUCAAUACCGUAACAUCAUCGGUAAUGUCAGCAGAUUCGAGUAAUGUUCCUGAAAAAGAAACUGAGACUUCUGGCAGUUCUAAUAACACAUUUCGAUCAUCUUUUCCCCCUAACAUCGAAGCUCCAUUGGUAGUUUCAAUGCAGUCAAAUGCACCAUCUACGAGUACCGUUGGCGAUCAUGCAACUGAUAAUGCUAGUAGUUCUUAUAACCCAAGUACGGCUAUUAUACUGAUGAGCAAAGAUUAUACAUCGGUAGUUUUAUCAGAGUCCAAUGCAUCAGCUCCAAGCAUCGUCCCAAAGCAGGAUAUUGAGAGUUCUGACAGUAUUUAUACCACAAAUCCAACUUCUAAACACCAUAGCACCGAAACGCCAGGGCUGUUUUCACCAGAGUCGAAUAAACAAUCUACGAUCUCCCAUCCAGAACAAGCAACUCAGAAUACUGGCAGUUCUUAUACCACAAGUUCAAAAACUAUACUACUCACCACCGAAACGUCAUCGUUAAUUUCAGCAGAUCCGAGCAAUUUUCAUCAAAAAGAAACCGAGACUUCUGACAGUUCUUAUAACACAAUUCGAACAACUUUUUCCCCUAGCACCGAAACUCCAUUGUUGGUUUCAAUAGAGCCAAAUACGCCAUCUACAAGUACCGUUACUGAUCAUACAACUGAUAAUGCUGGUAGUUCUUAUAACCCAAGUCCGUCUACUGUACAGCUGAGCAACGAUAAUACAUCUGUAGUUUCUUCCGAGCUCAAUGCAUCAGCUCCAACCAUCGUUCCAAAGCGAGAUAUUGAGAGUUCUGACAGUUUUUAUAACACAAAUCCAGCUUCUAUACCCAUGAGCACCGAAACGCCAGCGCUGUUUUCAACUGAGUCGAAUGAACCAUCUACGAAAUCCCAUACUGAGCAAGCAACUCAGAACACUGGCAGUUCUUAUAUCACAAGUUCAAAAACUAUACUCUUCAGCACCGAAACGUCAUCGGAAGUUUCAGCAAAUCCAAGCAAUGUUCCUGAAAAAGAAAUUGAAACUUCUGGCAAAUUUUAUAACACGAUUCCAACAAUUUUAGCCCUGAACUCCGAAACUCCAUUUGCAGAUUUAAAAGAGCCCAAUGCAUCAUCUACGAGUAUCGUUACUGACCAUGCAACUCAUAAUGUUGCCAGUUCUGAAGAUAUAAGUCCGACUACUAUUUCGCUGAGCAACGGUAAUACAUCGGUUCCAUCAGAGCCAAAUGCAUCAACUGCAAGCAUCGUUCCAAAGAAAGAUACUGAGAGUUCUGACAGUAUUUAUAACACAAGUCCAACUUCUAUACAUGUGAGCACCGACACGCAAUUUGUAGUUUUAACAGAGGCGAAUGCACCUCCUUCGAGCACCUUGUCUGAUUUAGAAACAGAGACUACUGUCAGUUCUAUUAACACAACUAUGACUUCUGUACUCGUGAGCACUGAUAAACUAUCGGGUGUUUCAAAAGUGUCGAAUGCACCUCAUACGAACACCAUCCCCGACCAGGAAACUGAAAAAACGGGAAGUUCUGAUAACACGAAUCCAACUUCUUUACAGCUGAGCACAGAAAUUCCACCAUUAGGUUCAACAGAGUCAAAUGCACCACAUCCAAACACCGUGACUUCCAAAGUGACUGAAAAUACUGGCAGUUCAGAUAAGACAAGUCUAAUAAGUGUAUCCCUGAGCACCGAAAACACAUUGGUUGUUUCAAUAGAGCCCAAUAUAACAUUUCCGAGUACCGUUCCCGACCAUGGAACUGAUAAUACUGGUAGUUCUAAUGACCAAAGUCCGAUAACUAUACCACUGAGCAACGAAUCUACAUCGGUAAAUUCAACAGAGACUCGUGUACAAGCUAAAAGUACCAUUCAUGAGCAAGAAAUUGAGAGCACUGACUUUAUUUAUUACACUCAUCCAAAUUCUUUUCCCCUGAGCACCGAAACACCAUCGGUAGUCUCAAACGAACCGAAAGCAUCACCUACAAGCAUACUUGUUGAACCAGAUACUGAAUCUAACGAAACCAAUCUGACUGGUAAUCUAAUGAGCACUGAAACACCUUCGGGUGUUCCGACAGAGUCGAAUGCACCUCCUCGCAACACUGCUCCCAAAAAAGAAACUGAGAAAACAAGUAGUGAUGAUACCACAACUCUGACUACUUUGCUGCCGUUCACAGAAAUUCCAACUUUAGUUUCAACUAAUUCGAAUGCAUUACCUCCGAGCAACGUUUCUGAUCAACCGACUGAGAACAUUGGCAGUUCUGAUAUCCCAAGUCUCACUACUAUGCACCUGAACACCAAAACUACAUCGGUAGCUUCAACAACCCUGAAUGAACCACGUCCGAGCACGUUGCCUGCACUAAAAACUGACACUACUGUCAGUUCUUACAUGACAAAUGCGACUACUAUACUCUUGAGCACAGAACAUACAGCUGUUUCAAAAGUGUCGAAUGAACCUUAUACGAUCACUGCUUUCGACCAAGAAUCUGAGAAACCUGGAAGUACUCAUAACACAACUCCAAUUACUAAACUACUAAACACCGAAAUACCAUCUAUAUUUUCAACUAAUUCGAAUGCAUUACCUCCGAGCAACUUUUCUGAUCAACCGACUGAGAACAUUGGCAGUUCAGAUAUCACAAGUCUAACUUCUAUGCACCUGAGCACCAAAACUACAUCGGUAGAUUCAACAAACCUGAAUGAACCACGUCCCAGCACCUUGCCUGAACUACAAACUGAGACUACUGUCAGUUCUUACAAGACAAAUGCGACUACUAUACUCUUGAGCACAGAACAUACAGCUGUUUCAAAAGUGUCGAAUGAACCUUAUACGAUCACUGCUUUCGACCAAGAAUCUGAGAAACCUGGAAGUACUCAUAACACAACUCCAAUUACUAAACUACUAAACACCGAAAUACCAUCUAUAUUUUCAACUAAUUCGAAUGCAUUACCUCCGAGCAACUUUUCUGAUCAACCGACUGAGAACAUUGGCAGUUCAGAUAUCACAAGUCUAACUUCUAUGCACCUGAGCACCAAAACUACAUCGGUAGAUUCAACAAACCUGAAUGAACCACGUCCCAGCACCUUGCCUGAACUACAAACUGAGACUACUGUCAGUUCUUACAAGACAAAUGCGACUACUAUACUCUUGAGCACAGAACAUACAGCUGUUUCAAAAGUGUCGAAUGAACCUUAUACGAUCACUGCUUUCGACCAAGAAUCUGAGAAACCUGGAAGUACUCAUAACACAACUCCAAUUACUAAACUACUAAACACCGAAAUUCCAUCUCCAGUUUCAACUAAUUCGAAUGCAUUACCGACGAGCAACGAUUCUGAUCAAGUGACAGAGAACAUUGGCAGUUCAGAUUACACAAGUCUAACUUCUAUGCACCUGAGCACCAAAACUACAUCGUUAGAUUCAACAAUCCCGAAUGAACCACGCCCGAGCACCUUGCCUGAACUAGAAAAUGAGACUACUGUCAGUUCUUAUAUGACAAAUGCGACUACUAUACUCUUGAAAACCGAAACUAUUGCUGUUUCAAAAGUGUCAAAUGCAUCUUAUACGAACAAUGCUUCCGACCAAGAAAAUAAGAAAACUGAAAGUACUGAUAACACAACUCCAACUACUGAUCUGCUCAGCACCGGAAUUCCAUUAGUAGUUUUAACAGAGUCGAAUAAACCACUUCCAAACACCGUGUCUGACCUAGUGACUGAGAACACUGCCAUUUCAGAUAAGACAGGUCUUAUAACUAUUCAACUGAGCACCGAAAUGCCGUCGGAGGUUACAGCAGAGCCGAAUGUAUCAUCACAUAGCACUGUUCCUAACGAAGCAACUGAGAAAACUCGCAUUUCAGAUUACACAAGUCAAACUUUUAUUCACUUGAGCACCGAAACGCAAUCAGAAGCUUCAACAAAGCCGAGUGCACGACCACCGAGCACCAUUCCUAAGAAUGGAACUGAACGCACAGUUAGUUUUUAUAAAAACAAUCUAACUUCUAUACCCUUUAGUCCCGAAACGCCAACAGUAGUUUCAACACUUCCGAAUGAACCAUCUACGAACUCCCAUCCUGACCAAGCAACUCAGAACACUGGCAGUGAUUAUAUCACAAGUUCAAAAACUAUACUCUUCAGUAACGAAACGUCAUCGGUAGUUUCAGCAGAUCCGAGCAAUGUUCCUGAAAAUGAAAGUGAGACUACUGGCAAAUCUUAUAACACAAUUCAAACAACUCCAGCCCUGAGUACCGAAACACCAUUGGAAGUUUCAAUAGAGACCAUUGCACCAUCUCCGAAUACCGUUACUGACCAUGCAACAUAUAAUGCUGAUGGUUCUGAUGACCGAAAACCGACUUCUAUUUUGCUGGGCAACAAUACUACAUCGUUAGUUUCAACAAAACCCAAUUCAACAGCUCCAAGCACAUUGCCUGAUUUAGAAACUGAGACUACUGUCAGUUCUUUAAACGCAACUAUGCCUACAAUAUUCUUUAGAACCGAUACACCAUCGGGUAUUUCAACAGUGACGAAUGCACAUCAUACACCAUUGAGUCCCAAAACGCCAUCAGUAGGUUCAAUAGAGCAGAAUACACCACCAUCGAGCACCGUUCCUGACCAAGGAAAUGAAAGCACAGGCAGUUCUUACAAUCUAACUUCUAUACCCUUGAGCACCGGAACGCCAACGGUAGUUUCAAUGGAUUCGAAUGAACCAUCUACGAACUCCAUUCCUGACCAAAAUACUGGCAGUUUUUAUAUCACAAGUUCAGAAACUAUACUCUUCAGCAACGAAACGUCAUCGGUGGUUUCAGCAGAUCCGAGCAAUGUUUCUGACCAAGAAACUGAGACUGCUGGCAAAUCUUAUAACACAAUUCAAACAACUAUAGCCCUGAGUACCAAAACUCCAUUGGAAGUUUCAAUAGACACCAUUGCACCAUAUCCGAGUACCGUUACUGACCAUGCAACUAAUAAUGCUGAUGGUUCUGAUAACCCAAGUCCGACUUCUAUUUUGCUGAGCAACAAUACUACAUCGCUAGUUUCAACAAAACCAAAUGCAUCAGCUCCAAGCACAUUGCCUGAUUUAGAAACUGAGACUACUGUCAGUUCUUUAAACACAACUAUGCCUACUAUAUCUUUGAGAACCGAUACACCAUCGGGUAUUUCAACAGUGACGAGUGCACAUCAUACACCAUUGAGUCCCGAAACGGCAUCAGAAGGUUUAAUAGAGCAGAAUGCACCACCAUCAAGCACCGUUCCUGACCAAGGAAAUGAAAGCACAGGCAGUUCAUACAAUCUAACGUCUAUACCCUUGAGCACCGGAACGCCAACGGUAGUUUCAACGGAAUCGAAUGAACAAUCUACGAACUCCAUUCCUGACCAAGAAACUCAAAAUACUGGCAGUUUUUAUAUCACAAGUUCAAAAACUAUACUCUUCAGCAACAAAACGUCAUCGGUGAUUUCAGCAGAUCCGAGCAAUGUUUUUGACGAAGAAACUGAGACUGCUAGCAAAUCUUAUAAUACAAUUCAAACAACUUUAGCCCUGAGUACCGAAACUCCAUUGGAAGUUUCAAUAGAGACCAUUGCACCAUAUCCGAGUACCGUUACUGACCAUGCAACUAAUAAUGCUGAUGGUUCUGAUAACCCAAGUCCGACUUCUAUUUUGCUGAGCAACAAUACUACAUCGCUAGUUUCAACAAAACCAAAUGCAUCAGCCCAAAGUACAUUGUCUGAUUUAGAAACAGAGACUUUUGUCAGUUCUUUAAACACAACUAUGCCUACUAUAUCUUUGAGAACCGAUACACCAUCGGGUAUUUCAACAGUGACGAGUGCACAUCAUACACCAUUGAGUCCCGAAACGGCAUCAGUAGGUUCAAUAGAGCAGAAUGCACCACCAUCAAGCACCGUUCCUGAUCAAGGAAAUGAAAGCACAGGCAGUUCUUACAAUCUAACGUCUAUACCCUUGAGCACCGGAACGCCAACGGUAGUUUCAACGGAAUCGAAUGAACAAUCUACGAACUCCAUUCCUGACCAAGAAACUCAAAAUACUGGCAGUUUUUAUAUCACAAGUUCAAAAACUAUACUCUUCAGCAACAAAACGUCAUCGGUGAUUUCAGCAGAUCCGAGCAAUGUUUUUGACGAAGAAACUGAGAAUGCUAGCAAAUCUUAUAAUACAAUUCAAACAACUUUAGCCCUGAGUACCGAAACUCCAUUGGAAGUUUCAAUAGACACCAUUGCACCAUAUCCGAGUACCGUUACUGACCAUGCAACUAAUAAUGCUGAUGGUUCUGAUAACCCAAGUCCGACUUCUAUUUUGCUGAGCAACAAUACUACAUCGCUAGUUUCAACAAAACCCAAUGCAUCAGCCCAAAGUACAUUGUCUGAUUUAGAAACAGAGACUUCUGUCAGUUCUUUAAACACAACUAUGGAUACUAUAUUAUUGAGAAACGAUACACCAUCGGGUAUUUCAACAGUGACGAGUGCACAUCAUACACCAUUGAGUCCCGAAACGCCAUCAAUAGGUUCAAUAGAGCAGAAUGCACCACCAUCGAGCACCGUUCCUGACCAAGGAAAUGAAAGCACAGGCAGUUCUUACAAUCUAACGUCUAUACCCUUGAGCACCGGAACGCCAACGGUAGUUUCAACGGAAUCGAAUGAACCAUCUACGAACUCCAUUCCUGACCAAGAAACUCAAAAUACUGGCAGUUUUUAUAUCACAAGUUCAAAAACUAUACUCUUCAGCAACAAAACGUCAUCGAUGAUUUCAGCAGAUACGAGCAAUGUUUCUGACCAAGAAACUGAGACUGCUAGCAAAUCUUAUAACACAAUUCAAACGACUUUAGCCCUGAGUACCGAAACUCCAUUGGAAGUUUCAAUAGAGACCAUUGCACCAUCUCCGAGUACCGUUACUGACCAUGCAACUAAUAAUGCUGAUGAUUCUGAUAACCCAAGUCCGACUUCUAUUUUGCUGAGCAACAAUACUACAUCGCUAGUUUCAACAAAACCCAAUGCAUCAGCCCAAGGUACAUUGUCUGAUUUAGAAGCAGAGACUACUGUCAGUUCUUUAAACACAACUAUGCCUACAAUAUUCUUGAGAACCGAUACACCAUCGAGUAUUUCAACAGUGACGAAUGCACAUCAUACACCAUUGAGUCCCGAAACGCCAUCAAUAGGUUCAAUAGAGCAGAAUGCACCUACAUCGAGCACCGUUCCUGACCAAGGAAAUGAAAGCACAGGCAGUUCUUACAAUCUAACUUCUAUACCCUUGAGCACCGGAACGCCAAUGGUAGUUUCAACGGAAUCGAAUGAACAAUCUACGAACUCCAUUCCUGACCAAGAAACUCAAAAUACUGGCAGUUUGUAUAUCACAAGUUCAAAAACUAUACUCUUCAGCAACGAAACGUCAUCGGUGAUUUCAGCAGAUCCGAGCAAUGUUUCUGACCAAGAAACUGAGACUGCUAGCAAAUCUUAUAAUACAAUUCAAACAACUUUAGCCCUGAGUACCGAAACUCCAUUGGAAGUUUCAAUAGAGACCAUUGCACCAUAUCCGAGUACCGUUACUGACCAUGCAGCUAAUAAUGCUGAUGGUUCUGAUAACCCAAGUCCAACUUCUAUUUUGCUGAGCAACAAUACUACAUCGCUAGUUUCAACAAAACCCAAUGCAUCAGCUCCAAGCUCAUUGCCUGAUUUAGAAACUGAGACUACUGUCAGUUCUUCAAACACAACUAUGCCUACAAUAUUCUUGAGAACCGAUACACCAUCGAGUAUUUCAACAGUGACGAAUGCACUUCAUACACCAUCGAGUCCCGAAACGCCAUCAGUAGGUUCAAUAGAGCAGAGUACACCACCAUCGAGCACCGUUGCUGGCCAAGGAGAUGAAAGCACAGGCAGUUUUUACAAUCUAACUUCUAUACCCUUGAGCACCGGAACGCCAACGGUAGUUUCAACGGAAUCGAAUGAACAAUCUACGAACUCCAUUCCUGACCAAGAAACUCAAAAUACUGGCAGUUUUUAUAUCACAAGUUCAAAAACCAUACUCUUCAGCAACGAAACGUCAUCGGUGAUUUCAGCAGAUCCGAGCAAUGUUUCUGACCAAGAAACUGAGACUGCUAGCAAAUCUUAUAAUACAAUUCAAACAACUUUAGCCCUGAAUACCGAAACUCCAUUGGAAGUUUCAAUAGAGACCAUUGCACCAUAUCCGAGUACCGUUACUGACCAUGCAACUAAUAAUGCUGAUGGUUCUGAUAACCCAAAUCCGACUUCUAUUUUGCUGAGCAACAAUACUACAUCGCUAGUUUCAACAAAACCAAAUGCAUCAGCUCGAAGCACAUUGUCUGAUUUAGAAACUGAGACUACUGUCAGUUCUUUAAACACAACUAUGCCUACAAUAUUCUUGAAAACCGAUACACCAUCGAGUAUUUCAACAGUGACGAGUGCACAUCAUACACCAUUGAGUCCCGAAACGCCAUCAGUGGGUUCAAUAGAGCAGAAUGCACCACCAUCGAGCACGGUUCCUGACCAAGGAAAUGAAAGCACAGGCAGUUCUUACAAUCUAACUUCUAUACCCUUGAGCACCGGAACGCCAACGGUAGUUUCAACGGAAUCGAAUGAACCAUCUACGAAUUUCAUUCCUGACCAAGAAACUCAAAAUACUGGCAGUUUUUAUAUCACAAGUUCAAAAUCUAUACUCUUCAGCAACGAAACGUCAUCGGUGGUUUCAGCAGAUACGAGCAAUGUUUUUGACCAAGAAACUGAGACUGCUAGCAAAUCUUAUAACACAAUUCAAACGACUUUAGCCCUGAGUACCGAAACACCAUUGGAAGUUUCAAUAGAGACCAUUGCACCAUCUCCGAGUACCGUUACUGACUUUGCAACUAAUAAUGCUGAUGGUUCUGAUAACCCAAGUCCGACUUCUAUUUUGCUGAGCAACAAUACUACAUCGCUAGUUUCAACAAAACCCAAUGCAUCAGCUUCAAGCACAUUGCCUGAUUUGGAAACUGAGACUACUGUCAGUUCUGUAAACACAACUAUGCCUACUAUAUCUUUGAGAACCGAUACACCAUCGGGUAUUUCAACAGUUACGAGUGCACAUCAUACACCACUGAGUCCCGAAACGCCAUCAGUAGGCUCAAUAGAGCAGAAUGCACCACCAUCGAGCACCGUUCCUGACCAAGGAAAUGAAAGCACAGGCAGUUCUUACAAUCUAACUUCUAUACCCUUGGGCACCGGACAACCAACGGUAGUUUCAACGGAAUCGAAUGAACUUUCUACAAACUCCUUUUCUGACCAAGAAACUCAAAAUACUGGCAGUUUUUAUAUCACAAGUUCAAAAACUAUUCUUGUCAGCACCGAAACGUCAUCGGUGGUUUCAGCAGAUCCGAGCAAUGUUUCUGACCAAGAAACUGAGACUACUAGCAAAUCAUAUAACACAAGUCGAGCAACGUUAGACCUGAACACCGAAAAUCCAUUGGUAGUUUCAAUAAAGCCAAAUUCACCACUUCCGAGAACUGACAAUGCAACUGAUAAAACUGGUAGUUCUAAUAAUCCUAGUCCGACAACAAUACAACUGAGCAACAAUACUACAUCGUCAGUUUCAUUACAGCCCAAUGCAACAGCUCUGAGUACCAUUCAUGAGCAAGAUAUUGAGAGUACUGACACUAAUACAACUACCAUAACCAUGAGCACCGACACCAAAUUGGCAGUUUCAACAGAGUCGAAUACCUCUCCUACAAGCAUCCAUCCUGAAAUAGAAACUGAGACUACUGUCAGUUCUUAUAACAACAGUUAUACUGCCAAGCUGCUGAGCACCGAAACACCAUUAGUUGUUCAAACAGAGUGGAAAGCACCUCCUACGAAGAUCGCUCCUGACAAAGAAACUGAGAAAACCGGAAGUUCUGAUACCACAACUCUGACUUUUACACUGCCGAGCACCGAAAUUCCAUUGGUAGAUACAACAGAUCCGAGCACCGUACCAGUCCAAACAACGGUGAAUAUUGACAGUUCUGAUAACACAAGUCUUUUUAAUAUACACAUAAAGACUGAAACUCAAUCGGUAGAUUCAACAGUCCAGAAUGAACCCUUUCCGAGCACCUUGUCGAACCUAGAAACUGGGUCUUUUGCCAGUUCUCGUCACACAAAUAUGACUACUAUACUCAUGAGAACCGAAACACAAUCAGUUGUUUCAACAGAGUCAAAUGAACCUCCUACGUACACAUCUCCCAAAGAAGAAACUGAGAAAACUGAUAGUUCUAAUAAGACAAUUCCAAAUUAUAUACUGCUUCGUACCGAUAUUCCAUCAGCAGUUUCAACAGAGUUGAAUGCACUUCUUCCAAACACCGUUUCCGGCCAAGUAAAUGAGAAUACUGGCAGUUCAGGUAGGACAGGUCUAACUUCUACACACCUGAGCAUCGAAAGUUCAUCGGUAAUUUCAACCGAGCCGAAUGCAACUUCACCUAGCACCGUCCCUGACCAAGCAACUGAGAAUACUCGCAGUAAAGAUAGCACAAAUCUAACUAGUAUGCACCUGAGCACCGACACACCAUCGGUAGGCUCAACAGAGCCGAAUGCACCACAACAGAGCACCGUUUCUGAUCAAGGAUCUGAAAGCACAGACAGGUUUUAUAAAAACAAUUUAACUUCUUUAUCACUGAGUCCCGAAACGCCAGCGGUAGUUUCAACAGAAUCGGGUGCACCACCACUGAGCACCUUUCUUGAUCAAGUAACUGAAAAAACAGACAGUCUUUAUGAAAAAAGUCCGACUUCUUUACCCUUGAGUCCCGAAACGCCAUCGGUAAUUUCAACAGAGCAGAAUGAACCAUCUACGAACUCUCAACCUGACCAAGAAACUCAGAAUACUGGAAGUUUUUAUAUCACAAGUUCAAAAACUAUACUACUGAGUACCGAAAGGUCAUCGGUUAUUUCAGUAGUUCCGAGCAAUGUUCCUGGCUCAGAAACUGGGAGUUCUGGCAAAUCUUAUAACACUAUUCCAACAACUAAGGCCCUGAGCACCGAAACUCCAUUUAAAGCUUCAAAAGGGCCCAGUGCAUCCUCUAUACGUACCGUUACUGACCAUGCAACUUAUAAUACUGGUAGUUCUUAUAAAACAAGUUCGACUAGUAUACAACUGAGCAACGAGACUACAUUGUCAGUAUUAACAGAGUCCAAUGAACCAUCUCAAAGUACCAUUCAGCAAGAAAUUGAGAGUACCGACAGUUUUAAGAACAGAAAUCCAACUUACUUACCCUCGAGCACUGAAACGUCAUCGGUAGUUUUAACGGAGUCGAUUACACCUCCUACGAGCAUCCGUGCUGAAAUAGAAAUUGAGACUACUGUUAGUUCUUAUAACAACGAUUAUACUGCUACUAUGCUGGGAACUGAAGCACCAUCGGGUGUUCCAACUGAGUCGAAUGCACCUUCUCCGAACACCGCUCCCGACAAAGAAACUGAGAAAACUGGAAGCUCUGAUACCACAACUCUUACUUCUUCACUGCUGAGCACCGAAAUUCCAUCAGCAGUUUCAACAGAUUGGACAGCACGUCCUCUGAUCACCGUUCCUGACCAAGCAACUGUGAAUACUAGUAGUUCUGAUAGUACAAGUCUAACUACUAUACACCUGAGCACCGAAGCUCCAUUGCACCAGAACACCAUCGGUUGUUUCAACAAAGUCGAAUGCUGCUCCAACGAAGACCGCUACCAACCUAGAAACUGA